GCUUUUUGCAGAGUUUUAUCUUUAAAGCGUGCUCGGAGUUGCCUUAUGGAGGGGCAGGGUUUGGUUGCAUUGUUUGGAAUGUUAUUGGGGUGUGAGGUAGUGGAAGUGGUGGUGGUGGUGGAGAUUCUUCAGCAAAAAUUCUCCCCCUCCCCACUUCUCAUUGUUGAGCAAAGGAGGGGGGGAUAGGUUGCCAGCCCCCUUUUGUUUACCUCCCUUCUCCCGCUUUCCCUCUCGCUGCGCAGCUUCUGCUUUUCGCAGCAUUUUGCAUGAAAGUGGCAAUCUGUGCGGAUUACCCAGGUUGAGGGCUACAAAUUAAAAAAAAAAAAAAGAAAGAGAAUAUUGUAUCUUGGGUGCUGAUUUUUGACUCAAGGCUGAGGCAGAAGACAUGGGUUCCGUUUCUAACCAGGAGUUCCCAGGAGUGUGCAAGACGGAGGUAGAUGAGGGACCGAGCACAGAGGAAGACACGCAGUCCUUCCACGGCUCCGGGGUGUGCAAGUGGUUCAACGUCCGCAUGGGCUUCGGGUUCCUGUCCAUGACCAACAGAGAGGGAGUGCCGCUGGACGAACCGGUUGAUGUGUUUGUCCAUCAGAGCAAGCUGCACAUGGAAGGUUUCCGCAGCCUGAAGGAAGGCGAAGCGGUCGAGUUUACCUUCAAGAAGUCAUCGAAGGGCCUCGAGUCGCAGCGGGUUACUGGACCGGGCGGCAUCCACUGUGUGGGCAGCGAGCGGAGGCCCAAAGGCAAAAAGGUCCAAAAGCGCCGCUCAAAGGGAGACAGAUGUUAUAACUGCGGAGGCCUGGAUCAUCACGCCAAAGAGUGCAAGUUACCACCUCAGCCCAAGAGGUGCCACUUCUGCCAGAGCAUUGACCACAUGGUCGCCAGCUGUCCAGUAAAAGCACAACAGUCCUCACCAGUUUCUCAGGGAAAACCGUCCCCCUUGAAAGGAGACGAGGGGGAACACAGCCAGCCGGCGCCACCUCCUGAAACCUCUGACUAAAUGGGAGAUUGAGCCUCGCCGAAGCACAGGAGCCAAUCAAAUUGCUUCGACGGUUGAGAGAGGGGACACAAUUCUCCUCCCUUGCUGUUGAAGCUGCUUUUGGAAUUACCUCAGGUUAAAAACACUCAUGAAGAAUGUUGUCUUUAUUACUUUUUAUUUGGUGUAACACUCAGGAAUAAUGCUUCAUUGUUGCACUCAGGAAGUUUAAAUGUAUGAAUCCUUGCUACCAGGAACAUUGGAAUACGUAGAGAUAAUACUGAAAGGUGUUCACAGGCAUUUGCAGAUUUCUUUUAUGUAACUGCACUUUCCUUGUGAGUUUUAUUAAUCAGUUUCGUUUGCAUUAUACUCAGUGUGUUGAGAAUAGACCUAAACUUUUGCUGCCUUACUGUUCAGUAUCCUUCCUGACUGUUACACCUUUCUGUCGACAAAGCACAGAUGUACCGGACAGUGUCUCUGUGAUGAAUGUUAGCAAAUGGGUUGCGUGGGGAGGGAGGGAUGGUGUGUUGAUUUGGAAAGAAAAAAAGAAAAAAAAAAAAAACACAAAACGGGUUUAAGGGUAUAGGUAUAGGCAACGCACUGCUGUGAGAUUUGCCAAUAUUGCUGUUGACCAUCCAGAUUUCUGGGGCCAAAUGAAUGUCAGACCAAAAAGUGUUUUCUGGGUUUUGGUCAAUUAUUUUGUUUUAUAAGUUGAUUUUUAUCUUUUUAGUACUCAGCAUUUUGCUGGCUGUUCUGGUCUACCUCACUAGUGCAUGUUAGGUCUGAUAUUUAUAGAUAUCUGAUUUUAGUUGGGAUUAAAUCAAAUCCUUUUUGCACUACAGAAUGUAUACAGGAUGAAAACUAUUCAUCACAUACCACCAUAAAGAGUAACUCAACAACCUGACCUGCAGCGAUUCAGUUUCACACUCUGCUGCACUCUACACGUGUACUUUAAGACCUGAGAAAUUAAAACCGCUUUGUGGUUGCUUGGUAAAACCAUGAGGUCAAUAGACUUCUGAAACACUCUUUUCAUUUCAGCCAAAUCUCGACAGCACAAAGCCAAUAUUCUCACCUCAUCAGAGUGUCAAGCUGUUGCUUCGUUUCCUGUCACGAUGUCCGAACAUCAGAAGCUUGCAGAAGCUUGCGAGUGUACCGAGUUUAAAGCUCCAGGGCAAAGUUGAGGCCACUCAGCUUGGUUCUGUGAUGUAUCAUUUCUCACUUUUAGUUAUGCAAACACCAUCAUCUCUUAUGGAUGAACCACGAAUGCCACCGAAAGGUCUUAAUUUCAAUCAUUUAAUUCAGAAUUUGAAACUCGUUAAAUAUUCAUUAUACACAGAGUUUUAAUAAUCUCAAGUGUUUUAUUUCUGUUAAUUUUGAAAACGAUUCAGUUUUUUUUUUUUUUUUGACAAAAUUAGAAUAUUACACAAGAUAAUUAUUCAAAAACAAUAUUAAGUAGAGAAACACCUGCUAACAUAGGUAUGCUUUGAUCGGGUCUGGGCUCCUUUUGGGAUAGAUUGCUGUAUCGAUGCAGCGUAGCAUGGAGGUGAUUAAACAGUGGUGCUGCAGAAAUGCUCAGGAUGUAUAGCUUGGUUUAGAAGCAACUUUCAGCUCGUCUGCAUUGGUGGGUCUGGCGUCUCAUCUUCCCCUCGGCAACAUCCAUUGGCUUUUUGACCAGGUUUAGGUCAGACAAGUAUAUUGAGCAGAGUAACACACUGACUUUGUUGAGGACACCUUGUGAUUGUCUUCUAGUAUAACUAGUAUUACGCAAUACAGUAAUUUUCCUCAUUUAUUGAUUCAGUAUCAUCAAAUUGAACAGAAAAAAAAAAUACUUGUUUAAUACAUACCUCUGUGUGUAAUGAAGCUAAAUAAUUUUCACUUUUUAAAUUAUUGAUGUAAUUUUUCGGUUGUUUUCACCUUUGAGAUGCACCUACAUUCUUGCAAAUCAAUCAAAAAUAGGCGAACGCCCGGCCUACAGAGGGCAGCACAAUGCUGCUGUUUGGCUUGAAUUCAGUCGGUCUUCAUUUCUGGGUUUUCUUACACACUUUUAUCUCUCUUUGAACAGUAUUCUAUCUUUACUGGCUGAUCUGUAAAAGUUUGUUGCUUUAUGACUACUUCAAGUUGGAUUUGACUGAAUUUUCUCAGGAUUAAAUUAUACGUACAUGGCAUAAAUACUUGAGCUUCUACUGAGUUACUGAGGGCUCCAGCUUUACUCUGGAUGCUUAAAAUUAGAAACAGAAACGAGGCAAAAAUCAGACAUGUUUCUUGUGAGCUCGCUGCUGCUGUUACUUUUUUAUGUCCAGUUGGAUCUAUUUCUAGGUAGAUAUUUAAGACACUGUGUAGGCUUUUGACUCGGGAGCACCCAGCCUGCAAGGAGAAGCAUGUAGACCUAGCUAGUCAAACAGCAUAUUACUCCCGUUUUACAGGAGAUGCUGACUGAUACUUUAACACCCAAUUAAUAUAUAUGUAAAAUUAUUCUAAAGCCUUUUUAAGAAAUGCAUACUACUUAUUUAUUUUCAUCCAAAAGCAGCGCAUCUUCUCCCUGUGCUCCUUUUGAAGCCUACCAGCAAUGAAUGUUUGAGUAGAGAUCAUCAUGUAAAACACAAAUGGGUCGGUGAAAGCUUGAAGAAGAUCUGGUUUACAAUCUUAACAUCAUGGUACUCUUGCUGCUGUGUACAUAUGUGCUUGAAAGAUCAUUCCCUUAAUUUAAUUUGACCUGAAUGCAAGGUAACAGUACUAUAUUGCGACAUAAGAAUAUGAAUAUGCAAUACAUACUGUGCAGGUACAUAGAAUAAUGACGACUGAUCUAAACUGUGAGGAUUUUCUUUUCCUUGUUUAUCCUUGAUUUUUUUUUCUUUUUAGUAUUUUAUUUUUUUUAUGCGCAAUGAGCCUUUUAGGAGAAAAGCUCAUUGUUAUUCCUAUCUAUGCCAAACCCAAUGCAAUGCCACUCUGCUCUAAUCAUGUGCAAGAUGCAUUAAUAUGUUUUCUAUAUUUCAUUUUUGUUGCGCCCGAGUAUGUUUAAUGUUUUUAUAUCAGAUUUUAAUGUUUUUACACGCUAUAAAAAAUACCUCGUCUUAAGCUCAUCUCAGGGAUUGCUAAUCUGAAAACUCAGGGAUGGUUUUAGAUUGAAUUUGAGGAGUCAGUGUUAACUCCAGAACAAGCAAGGGUUAAAUGCUCAUUUAACAAAAUGUGAAAAAUGUAACAAAGAAGCCAAACUACUGAAAAUGGCUUUGUGAGUGUCUUGGUGCUUAUCUUGUUUUUCUUUUAAACAUGGUGAAAAUUUAUUGGUAGAUUUUUUUAAACUUUUGGUCAGGAAAGCAAUCUUGCCCUAACAUUGUAUAUCAACACAGAGUAAUGGUGUUUGUUUUUUUUACAUCUCCUUUGCCUAAUAUGAAGAAAUGUUCCACUAUUGUUGUAUUCUUUCCUCUGUAAUUGUUGUAGAUUGGGAUAAAAGUAGGAUAUUUUAAAGGGACUGGGGCUAGUAGUAUAUAAUCGUUGUCUCAUCUCAACACGUUGAUAAUUGGUGUUUCAGACUAUCAAUGCUUAUGACAAAAAGAAUGUGCUACAAAUGACUUAACACACAAAUGACUCCUUCUAUUCUAAGUAGAUUUCCCACAAAUUCAGAAUAUGUGACGGAAAAUCAUUCAAAGGUUUGAUUUAGAUGUUGAAUCAUUUCACUCAAGAAUUAUCGUAAUGUAAGACCUUACAUUAAGUGAAUAUAUUUCAUUUACACUGCUAGUAUUGACAUCAAUUAUAACAAUUUACUCUCUUUUCCUUAUUUGUCACUUAUCUGAGCACUGACUUCAUUUGUUAAACUGACUUAGGCAAUGUUUACAUGUAAUUCUCAAAUUUGGAGUAAGCUAAACUUCUAUAAUGGGUUAGGGAUUAAUUAGUUGUACUUUGCUAUCUCAAAUUAUAACAUUGAAACUCAGAAUGUAUAAAAAUCUACAAAUUUAUUGUCAAGUACUUGGUUCCUUUAAAGUGCAACAGCUUGUAUGACUAGCUCAGGGUAACAUUUGAAGCAGAUCAAGGCAUUUUAAUUUUUUUUUUUUCUUUUUGUACUCAUGUUGUUUUUGACCAUCAGGCAGUUCAUUUGUGGUUUUAUUGUAUUUUAUAAGACAAAUUUCUACAGAGCUACUUCAGAAAAAUAUGCAUUUACUAUUAAUGAAUGUAUUAGUAUUUACUGUCAUAAAACUCACAAUUAUCUUUAACUCAGGAAAUUUAAUGAUUAUAGUCUGUCAGUGAUGAGCAGCAUGUGAGAUUUUCAAAGUAGUUUCUAUAUGUAAAAUGUUGCUUCAUUUCAUAAUAAACUUGUCAAUAUUA